UUAAUGUAUUGCGAGUCAUCAUGGGAAUACAUAAAAGCAGUGUUUGUGGUGUUUGUGAAUCAUUGGCAUUGUUUUUUGCACUUCACAGUUCAGAAUUGUAUCAGAGAGACAGUGGUGAGUUGAAUGGAGAGCAUUUUAAAGCCCCUGAGAGAUGGUGAGUCAGUGCUUGAUCUGAGUCCAAGAUCAACCGUGAGUGGUGGUGUUGAAGAUGUCUACGGUGAGGAUCAUGCCACUGAGGACCAACUUGUCACCCCAUGGACUUUCUCAGUUGCCAGUGGGUACUCUUUACUUAGAGAUCCACAGUACAACAAGGGGCUUGCUUUCACUGAGAAAGAGAGAGAUGCACACUAUUUGCGUGGACUAUUACCUCCUACAAUUAUCUCCCAGAAACUUCAGGAAAAACAGUUGAUACACAAUAUCCGACAGUAUCAGGUGCCAUUGCAGAAAUACAUAGCUAUGAUGGAACUUCAGGAGAUGAAUGAAAGGCUGUUUUACAAACUUCUAGUUGACAAUGUUGAGGAACUGCUCCCAAUUGUGUAUACUCCUGUUGUUGGUGAGGCCUGCCAGAAAUAUGGGAGCAUCUUCAAGCGUCCUCAGGGUCUUUUCAUAAGUUUGAAAGAGAAGGGGAAGAUCCUUGAGGUGUUGAAAAACUGGCCUGAAAAGAGUAUUCAAGUUAUUGUUGUAACAGAUGGUGAACGAAUUUUAGGACUUGGGGAUCUUGGAUGUCAGGGAAUGGGAAUUCCUGUUGGUAAAUUGGCCUUGUACACAGCAUUAGGAGGAGUUCGUCCAUCAGCAUGUUUGCCUAUUACGAUUGAUGUGGGAACAAACAAUGAGAAAUUACUGAAUGAUGAGUUUUACAUUGGGCUUAGACAAAAGAGGGCAACAGGACAGGAAUAUUCCGAACUUCUGCAUGAGUUCAUGACUGCUGUCAAGCAAAACUACGGAGAAAAAGUUCUUAUACAGUUUGAAGAUUUUGCAAACCACAACGCUUUUGAGUUGCUUGCAAAAUAUGGUACAACUCAUCUUGUUUUCAAUGAUGAUAUUCAGGGAACUGCAUCUGUGGUUCUUGCUGGGGUUGUGGCAGCCUUGAAGCUCAUUGGUGGUACUCUGGCUGACCACACAUUCUUGUUUCUUGGUGCUGGAGAGGCAGGGACAGGAAUAGCAGAGCUUAUAGCUCUCGAGACAUCUAAGCAGACAAAGAAACCUAUUGAGGAGACUCGCAAGAAGAUAUGGCUUGUCGAUUCAAAGGGUUUGAUUGUUAGUUCAAGAAAGCAUUCACUUCAACAUUUCAAGAAGCCAUGGGCUCAUGAACAUGAGCCUGUUGACACUCUCUUAGAAGCUGUUAAGGUAAUCAAACCUACAGUUUUGGUUGGAUCAUCAGGAGUGGGAAAAACAUUUACAAAGGAAGUAAUUGAGGCUCUGUCUUCCAUCAAUGAAAAACCUCUUAUUUUGGCUCUCUCCAAUCCAACAUCACAAUCUGAGUGUACAGCUGAAGAGGCUUACCAAUGGAGUGAGGGUCGUGCAAUUUUUGCUAGUGGAAGUCCAUUUGAUCCUAUAGAAUACAAGGGCAAAGUGUACUAUUCAGGCCAGGCCAACAAUGCUUACAUUUUCCCUGGUUUUGGUUUGGGUUUGGUAAUCUCUGGAGCAAUCCGAGUUCAUGAUGAUAUGCUUCUGGCAGCAUCGGAAGCCUUGGCUAAACUAGUGACUGAGGAGAACUAUGAAAAGGGUUUGAUUUAUCCACCAUUCUCUGACAUCAGAACAAUUUCAGCUAACAUAGCUGCAGAUGUUGCUGCCAAGGCAUAUGAACUGGGCUUGGCUACACGUCUCCCUCGUCCUCAGAAUCUUGUUAAGUAUGCUGAGAGUUGCAUGUAUACUCCUGUGUACCGAAACUAUAGGUGAAUUAUGGGGCAAAUUUGGCUGUAAUAAACAUGAAUCUGUAGGUGCCAUAUGUGAGAGUGGUCUUGUGCUUUUUCCUAUGUAAUCACCAAAACUACUGGUGAAUUAUGCUUUUGGCUUUUGCUGUAACAAACACAAUGCUUUGUAUUAUGCAAUCUUAAUUUCAUCUUAUGCCAUGCCCAAUAAACCUUCUCAUUCAAUAGUUUUCAACAA